UCUCGUAUACCGAAAGCUUCUUGCGCACGCAAUGGAGCGAGCCGAGGAGCUGGGUUUGAGCGUUGAAGAAGAAGAAACAAACACUUUUGGUGGGAGAGGGUGAUUUCUCCUUCUCCCUUUGCUUGGCUGAAUCCUUUGGAUCUGCUUUCAACAUCGUUGCUUCUUCCCUCGACACUAACGAUUAAGCUGUGAGGAAGUACAAGAGAGCCAUGUCAAAUUUACUUGCCUUAACAAAGCUAGGAGCAAUGGUGUUGCACGGAGUUGAUGCAACCCAAAUGAAAUUUCAUCCAUACUUGGAAAUGAGGAAAUUUGAUAGAAUUAUAUUCAAUUUCUCUCAUGCUGGCUUUCAUGGCAAAGAAGACAUCGUCUCCCUGAUUCAGAAACACCGGAACCUUGUACGUGGGUUCUUCGAGGAUGCAAGGAGCAUGCUGAGACCCAAUGGUGAAAUCCAUAUAAAUCACGCCACGCCACCAUUCACUGAUUGGAACAUUGGGAAACUCGGCGAUCAAAGUUCUCUGAGGCUGAUAGAGUGUGUUGAUUUCAAGCAAGAAGAUUACCCCGGUUAUCACAACAAGCGAGGUAAUGGAUUCAGAUGUGAUGAGCCUUUUCCGCUUGGUAAGUGCAGCACCUUCAAGUUUUCAAUACUAAUGAAUGGGAAACCCAACGCCAUGAAUCAUCAAAGAGAUCACAGUAAUCAUUACCCUAUGACUAUGGGAAGCCGCAUUCCAAUUUUGGGAGGAGGCUACUCAAACACUGGAAUGGAGCUACUGGGGAGAGCAAAUUUCUGAUUAUGUCCAUGAAAUCAUCAGUGAUUUGCAGAGAUCUUCAUGGCUUGAAUUGGGUAAUGUUAGGAAUAUGAAUAUGAUAGAUAGCCUUAGCGUUGUCAAAUGGUUCUGGCGCUGGAAAUGAUCAAUCCUCUCAGUCUCAGAUGAUUGUUGCUAAACUUUUGUGGCUUCUAGUGGCCAUUUUGCUGUAUCUUUUGUGGUCCCCUAGCUACUAGCUGCCCUUUGUGAAGCUUUU